AUGUGCAUACAUUCUCUCACAACCCAAACCAGGCUCUGUUCUUCUACCAAUUCAAGUCUCACAACCCCUAUUUCAGACCCAUUUGACAAAUCCCAGGUCUCUGAUCUCAUAUCAAAACAACACUGGUCCGACCUCAAACUCGCGAACCCUUUUCAGUUCCUCCAACAAUUAUUCGACUACGAAGCCGAUUCUGAAGUCAUUCUCACUUACUUCAAAUGGUCGCAGCGUGAAUUUCAGGUGUCCCAUAGUAUCCAACACUAUUGUAAACUCUUUAAUUUAUUAGCAAAUGCCAAAAAAUAUGCACAAAUUAGAUCUUUAUUGCAUGAAUUUGUUAAGAAUGAGACCCAUUCGAAUUCUUCCAUUUUUCAUAUGCUUCCGUUAUGUGGUGGUCAGUUUUGUGCUAAUUCGAUUAUUAUCGAUAUGUUACUAUUGGCAUACGUGAAGAAUCUGAAGUUACAUUUGGCGGUUGAGGCUUUUGAGAGGGCUGGGCCUUAUGGGUUUAAGCUAUCUGUUCUGUCAUGUAACCCAAUGUUGAGUUCUUUGGUUAAAGAAGGAAAAAUUGCAGUUGUGGAAAAUGUGUAUAAGGAGAUGAUUAGGCGUAGGAUUGAGCUUGAUUUGAUUAGUUUUAACACGGUGAUUAACGGGUUCUGUAAGGCAGGGAAGUUACGGAAGGCAGGGGAUGUUGUUGAGGACAUGAAGGCUUGGGGGGUUUUGCCAUCAGUGGUCACUUAUAAUACACUGAUUGAUGGGUACUGUAAAAAGAGUAGGGUAGGAAAGAUGUACAAAGCCAAUUCACUUUUGAAAGAAAUGGUGGCAAACGAGAUUUGUCCGAAUGAGAUCACUUAUAACAUUCUUAUUGAUGGGUUUUGUAAGGAUGGAAAUGUAGUGGCUGCUAUGAGGGUGUUUAAGGAAAUGCAGGGGCUGGGGUUGAACCCGAGUGUGGUCACGUAUAAUUCUCUGAUUAGUGGGUUAUUUAAUGUUGGGAGAGUUGAAGAAGCUUGCAGAUUAAGAGAUAAAAUGGUGGGACUGCAUUUGAAUCCUAGUAUUGUUACUUAUAACACCCUUAUACAUGGAUUUUCGAAGAAGAAGAUGCUGAAGGAGGCUAUAGAGUUGUUUGAGGAUAUUUCCAAUCAUGGGUUGCCCCUCAAUGUAUUGACAUUUAAUACAUUAAUCGAUGCUUAUUGUAAAGCUGGGAAAAUGGAAGAAGCAGUUGCUCUUUGUGAUGCAAUGUUGGACAGAAUGGUUUGUCCCAACAUUUCAACUUAUAAUUGUUUGCUUGGUGGUUAUUAUAAAGAGGGAAACAUGGAGGCAGCUGGUAAGCUUCUAGAUGAAUUGGAGAAGAAUGGCUUGAGAGCUGAUCUUGCAACAUACAACAUUCACAUUGGUGCAUUAUGCAAGCAAGGGGAAUCAAGGAAAGCAGUUAAACUUCUGGACGAGAUGUUUGAGAAGGGUUUGGUGCCCAAUCAGCUGACAUACAAUAUUCUGAUGGCUGGUUAUUGCAGGGAAGGAAAUCUUAGGGCCGCCUUGAAUGUUAGGAAACGGAUGGAGAAAGAUGGGAAACAGUCAAAUGUGGUUACAUGUAAUGUGUUAAUUAAGGGUUUUUGUGCGAAUGGUAAUCUGGAGAAAGCAAAUACGUGUCUUAAUGAGAUGCUGGAAAAGGGCUUGGUCCCAAAUCGAACAACUUAUGACAUCAUUAGAGAAGAAAUGAUGGAUAAGGGAUUUGUUCCAGACAUAGAUGGGCAUCUUUAUAAUGAUUCCAUAAACUCUUAA